CAUUCAAUUUGUUGUGUGUAUCCCUCCAUCAGGCUUCUACCUUAAAAGCUUGAAUUUCACACAGCAAUGCCAUGACUAGCGGUAAUACUACCACAUACUGAGGUGUGUGCUGUGCCAUCAAAAUAAUAUGGAAGAUAGAGAUAUCCAGGAAUUCAACAUUUCAGCGAAGACUCUACUGAUCAGUUCUAGUGCAUGCUUGCUGUGUGGUCGGCUCUGAAAUGUCAGCAGGAAGUGACUGAAAAUAUUGCUCUAACCUCAGCUUUGUUUCUGGGUUUCCCUCCUCAGGCUUCAAACAGCUCAACUAUUGAACCAACUUAUGUGAAUGAAUGUUGGAAGGGAAUGGAGCAUGCAGUAUGUAUGAUGAAAACAGCAUUGGAUGAAGACCAAGAGAAGACAGAGAGCCUGCAAUACUUUACCCUGUUAUGGGACAACAGAAUCUUGCUGAAAGAACCUAAAUGUCUGACAGAAAAUCUAACAUUGUGAAUGCGGCAGAAUAUCUUCCGUGAUCCUGAAAGAAUGCAAACACCUGAUUUAACCUCUUGUUGUCUGUGAACAAUCUCAAAAAGAAAAACCGAGAUUUAAAGUUUGCUGCAAGCACCAACGGUGUGACAGCUGAAAGAAAAAGGACAGACACCCUGCCACUCGAAGGUGCAAACUUUCUCUGACUUGGUCUGGCUUCAGUUCGCCCGAAUUUCAUUCGGAAUAUUGGAAAAUGAAAACAGAGAUGGAUCUAACUAAAAUUGUGGACCUGAGCUUUCUGUCAGAAGAAGAGCAGUUAGCUCUUCAGCAAGUCCUUAAAAGAGACGCUGCUCUGAGAAAGCUUGAAGAAAGUCGCAUCAAAAAACUGAAGAGAAACAGCUUUGAUAUGAAAAAGUUGAAGGUGAUGACAGGUGAAUGGUUUACUGACGUUAAAGCAAAGCGCUUUGGAGAUCUUUCCAGUGGCAUGGACAUCCUCAAGAAUUCAUUUAACAGAAAAAAGAAGAUACCAGUUGUUCAAGAUGUUCCAGUGAAGGCAUCUGAAGAUGUAAAUGUGUUUCUGAGUCCAAACUUUCAAUAUCAAAAUGUUUCUUCAGAUCCUGAAGCUUUGAAUCCAGGGGAAAGAUUGCUUGAAGAAGCAGAACCUGUCCCACAGACAAGUGUGACAAUGCUUCAUUCACGGCUUCAGGCAACAGUGGACAAAAAUAAAGCAGAAGAUGAGGCAAGGACAUGGGAAGAUUCUGCUGGAUCUGCUGAAACCAUGUCCUAUUCCAAUUUCAAACUAAAAGACAACAUCAAACCAUAUAUGAAAAAGAGGAAUGAAGAUCAUGAGGAUAUGACUCCAACUUUGAGCAAUGAGGUUCCUCUGUCCAACAUAGACUCACCUAUUACAGCAAUUGAUGUCCCAGAAUCUGAAACAAAUCCAUAUUCUGAUUAUACUGUCGGUCAGUCAACACACUCAGCUAAACAAGAAGAAUUCUGGGCACCGAAAGAAGACUUAAAUCUGCAGACUCCCAGAAAAAAACUCACUGUUCUAGACAGACUGAUAAACAAAAGUGACCGACCUGAGUUUUCUCCAAUAGAGACUGAAGCAACUAGAUGGUCAGAUCCAUCUGAACAAAGUGUAAAGUACAGUCCUGGACCUGGGUUUGACGGCUAUGAGCCAACUGUGCCUUCCAGCCAUGCAGACACUGUACUAACACCUGCAGAGAGCAGUGCUCAUACAAAAGAAUCAUCUGUGUCAAACAGAGAAACACCAUUCCAUUCAGAGGACAACUAUGAUGCAUGUAAUGCUAAUAAGAGGCAGAAGAACCCAUUUUCAAUGAAUUCAUCGAAAUUGCUAUCAGAAAUACUGCAGGGUGUUAAAAAUCCACAAACAGACAGCAGUAAAAAUGAAACAAAUUCAGACAUAAUCGCUGAGCAAAACCUGAUAAAUGCAAAUGUUGAGAGCAAAUCUCCUGACAUGGAUAGUCUGUUUACUUCAAGGUCUUCAGAUUUAAAACCAGUUUCAACUGAUACAAAAAUCAGUGAACCAAAGGGGAAACGUCAAGAGAAAGAUAAUAUCAUUGACCAGCGUUCUGAACCAGAUAAACCAAAAGAUUUAAUGAACAACAGAACUAGCCAAAUCAAGAAGCCAGGGGAAUAUAGCAAUGACGCACCAAAUUUAAUUCUAGGAAGAGGAGAGACUGAGCAUUCAAAGAGAAAAGGCAUUUUAAAGCGUACUCCAAGUAGUAGCUCCACUGAGUCAGAAAAUCUUUCCAAAUGGACUUCAAUUCGGUCCAUGGAUGACUCGGGUGCAUUGCCAGAACAGGCCGAGGAUUCCGAAGGCACCUCAAAGACAGAGACAGGUAGCAAGCAGGUGAGGUUCUCUGCUAAAAUGAAAACGAAGCCGCUGACAAAUAUAACAGAAGGGCAGAAAACUGAUGAAUCUCAUAACUUUUCAUUGAUAAUGGGAGAAGAAAAUUCCGUGCCAUGGCAAGAAGACACUAAUGCCGGAGUUUACUCCUCAAUAUCUCAAAAAUAUGAAAAUGAACCAGAUGUUGAUCAGAUUUUGACUGACAAAGGAACAACAGAACAGGAACAUUUACCAUCGCAAAAAUGGAGAGAUGACUCGGAGGCACAGCAGAAAAGCUACCAAGUGCCUGGUAAUGAUUCUUCAGACUUCAGUGUCAGAACAAAUCAACUGCCUUCCUUACCAACCGCCAAUGAAGUCACAGCUUCUUCCCUGCCUUCGAAUGAUCCACAAAGUGAGGAGUAUGAUUAUUUUGAUGAUGUAACAUCUGAAUCCAGCGUUGGAUCAGACAUUAUGAAGCAGACAGAUGUGCAUGUUGGUUCAAAUUUGCAAUCUUCUAAGCUUAGUGGCAGUUUACUGAGUCUAUACAGCGAUGCUGGAGAUUUUGGAGAAGUUCCAAUUCAGGGAGCCGUACAAUUCAAAUUGCACUAUGAAGAAGCUAAAAAAGAAUUCCAGAUCCAUGUGGUGCAAUGCCGAGGAUUGGCAGUCGCUAACAUGAGAAAGUACACCUCUGAUCCAUAUGUAAAGACCUACCUUCUUCCUGACCGCACUAGACCUAGCAAACGCAAGUCAUCUGUAAAGAAAGCUUCACUGAAUCCUCAAUAUAAUGAAACCCUGAAGUACAAAAUAAAGAAGCAAGAACUUCUGAAUCGAACUCUGAAUGUCUCCGUGUGGCACAAUGAUAUUCUUGGUCGGAAUGUAUUCCUUGGAGAAACAGAGGUGGAGAUGAAUAGCUGGGACUGGAGAAAUAACACACCAAAUUGGUACACCUUGCAGUCCAAGCCAUCCAGUCUAGCGGAAGGAAACAUCAAUCGAGGAGAAAUCCGUGUGGCACUUAAGUAUAUUCCGGCAGAAUCAAUAGAUGGAAUUAAGCCAUUAAGUGGGGAAAUUCACAUAUGGCUAAAAGAAGCAACAGAGUUACAGCCUGUAAAGCCUGGUGGUGUGGACUCUUUUGUGAGAUGUUAUAUUUUACCAGAUACCAGUAAGAAGAGCAGACAGAAGACCCGAAUAGUAAAGAAAAGCCUUAAUCCAAUCUAUAACCAUACUAUGGUGUACGAUGGAUUUAGGCUGGAUGAAAUAAUGGAGGCUUGUGCAGAACUAUCCAUCUGGGACCAUGAAACCUUCACUAAUCAGUUUCUUGGAGGAAUUCGCCUGAAUCUAGGCACAGGUAGUAGUUAUGGUCAUCAUGUGGAUUGGAUGGACUCAAAUGAAGAAGAAGCUGCUGUCUGGAUGGACAUGAUAUCCAAACCUAAUCAGUGGGUGGAAGCAGUACUGCCUCUUAGGUCUUCUAUGACAAAAAGGAAGUGAUGAGUGAUUUUUCAGUUAAUGCUUCCUCUGACUUUAAGUGUUUAAAUAUAACUUUCAUAAUUUGCUAGUCAAGAAAAAUGAAAUAAAAUGUGCUGUUUUCAUUUAAUGUCUAUACUUUAAGGGGUGAUGGGUUCCACAGACAGGCUGAAGUUCAGAAGAAUUGUAGUGAAGAGGAGUGUUUGAAGAAUGAUAAAAAAUACUUGGUGCUUACAUAAAUUAGUAUGCUUCUGAAGACCAAAGUCGGAAGAAAACUAGACAUGAAAAUUGAAGAGUUUAAAAAACACAUUUAGGUAUCGAAAAGCAAAGAACUGUAAAGUCAUAGGGAUGAAAAGUGGUGGGCAGUUAUUUUUUCUUUGAAUUACAAUACUGAAAUUUGGAAUAUGUUGAAACUGCGUGUGCUCAUUGAAGUGUUAAUGAAAUACAAAUAAAAUAUUAAACAGAUUGAACAAGCACAUAUCAUUUACUUUGAGGCUAAAUGUAAUCAACAAAUAUUUUGGCAAGCAUUUUAUCCAAACUCUGUUAAGCCUUUUAUUGAAUUAAAACUUGGUUGUGAAUAUAUUUUCCAACUUAAAACCUGAUUCCAUCUCUUGUUUUUAUUAUAGUAGAUUUUUGAUUGAGCAAGCAAUUCAUAUUGAGUAAAAAAUGAGUGCACCUAAAGUUUCCUCAAUCAAAAUCAAACCAAAAUUUAAAGCAAAUCUGAAAGCUCAAAUUUCAAAAUAAAUUGUAUUUCAAAGUUAUUGCAUGUAAAAUGGUUUUAAAUGUUUUAUUCUGCAAGAGCAGCCAUGCUGAAUAAACCUGACGGAUUCAACUUUUGAAAGGGUGAUUCAGUAAUUUUUUUUAAAGUAGAAAGAAAUAUAAAUACAGCUACUGAUUAAAUAAUGAAGCCACAAGCCUCCAUGAUUUAAAACUGUGCAGGAAUCAAACAAAAUUAUAUAAUAUCUUAGACAAUCUAUGUUUAUUCUAGAAUAUAAAUUAAACAUGAAUUAGCAGAUAAAUUGCCAUCGAUCAUAAACUGUAAAUUACACAUCAAUAGCACAUACAAGUAAGACACUCAUGAAUUGGCUCAGUAGUCCAUUCAUAUCCUGGUGAUCACACUCAGUCACAAAGUCCUUCAAAGCUCAUUCAGAAAGUCAGGAGGUAUGGGAUACAGGGUGAUUUGGCUGUCUGGAUUCAGAAUUAGUUGGCUGACAGGAGGCAGAGAGUGGUUGUAGAUGGUAAGUAUUCUGCCUGGAGGUCAGUGCUGAGUGGUGUCCCGCAGGGCUCUGUUCUUGGGCCUCUGCUCUUUGUAGUUUUUAUAAAUGACUUGGAUGAGGAGGUUGAGGGGUGGGUUUGUAUGCUUGCUGAUGAUAGCAAGGUUGGAGGUGCCGUUGAUAGUAUCGAGGGCUAUUGCAGGCUUUAGCGAGACAUUGACAGUAUGCAGAGCUGGGCUGAGAAAUGGCAGAUGGAGUUCAACCUGGAUAAAUGCGAGGUGAUGCAUUUUGGAAGGUUGAACUUAAAUGCUGAAUAUAAGAUUAAAGGCAGGAUUCUCGGCAGUGUGGAGGAACAGCGGGAUCUUGGGGUUCAAGUGCAUAGCUCCCUCAAAGUUGCCACCCAAGUGGAUAAGGUUGUUAAGAAAGCAUAUGGUGUUUUGGCUUUCAUUAACAGGGGGAUCGAAUUUAAGAGCCGCGAGGUUAUGCUGCAGCUCUGCAAAACCCUGGUGAGACCACGCUUGGAAUAUUGUGUCCAGUUCUGGUCGCCCUAUUAUAGGAAAGAUGUGGAGGCUUUGGAGAGGGUGCAAAGGAGGUUUACCAGGAUGCUGCCUGGACUGGAGGGCUUGUCUUACGAGGAGAGGUUGUCUGAGCUCAGACUUUUCUCUCUGGAGAGAAGGAGGAAGAGAGGUGACCUGAUCGAGGUGUACAAGGUAAUGAGAGGCAUGGAUAGAGUCGAUAGCCAGAGACUUUUCCCCAGGGCAGGAUUGUCUGCCAUGAGGGGUCAUAGUUUUAAGGUGUUAGGAGGAAGGUAUAGAGGAGACAUCAGAGGGAGGUUCUUCAUCCAGAGAGUUGUGAGCGCAUGGAAUACUUUGCCAGUGGUAGUCGUGGAAGUGGAGUCAUUAGUGACAUUUAAGCGACUGCUGGACAUGCACAUGGACAGCAGUGAAUUGAGGGGAAUGUAGGUUAGGUUAUUUUAGUUUUGGAUUAGGAUUAUUCCACGGCACAACAUCGUGGGCCGAAGGGCCUAUACUGUGCUGUACUUUUCUAUGUUCUAUGUUCUAUGUUCUAAAGCUCUAUCUUCCUCAGAUCCUCCAUUUCUGGAAGCUUCUUUGAUGCCCAGUCAGCAGCAUCACCCAUCCAACCCAAGUCUUCAAUGGCACACAUCCUGCAGAAUAUCUUUGAUGGAUUUACCUCAUCCAGACCGAGACACUGUUAGUCCAAAAUAAAAGAAUCAGCAUUUCAUGGGAUACGAGACCAUUAUGUGCCUAUUGUAGCCACACCACUUGCAUACAUACAUCACUGGCAUUAAAAGGCUUUAAGUGGUUUAUUUAGAUGUCGACUAGCUAAAACAGCUUCUUCUAUUAAUACAACCUUCAACCUCUCAAAAGAGGUAAGAUAAGAUGAUAUAAAAUUAAAUUUACAUAUUUCUCUGUAAGUUUAUUAAUGGAGAAACUACCAUUUUGAAAUUAGGGACGAAGUUAGUCCACAGCCCACACAUUUCAAAAAAUCAGUAGUAUCUUCUGUGCUUCUUUUUCUCAAAGAGAUAAUAAACUUAGUUGGAUUGUAGCUUUUCUCGGCAACAUAUAGCCUUGCCCCACAUGUCUGAAAUAGAUAACUUUCACCUCGGUAAACACAAAACUUGACAAAUUUGUCUACCAAAUAAUACACUUAAGUAUUCCACAUGCUCCUUCAAAAUAUUAUGAAGGCCAAAAUGUCAUCAGUAUUCACAAUGCGCUUAUGUAAUCUAGUAACUACUUUAGGGGUGGGGUGUGGGGGCAUAUUGGUGAUGGUUGUUGUCGGACUUUGAAAGGUAGCUUUGUGCUUUCUUUAUUCCAAAUGCAAUAAUCUUCCACUGGUAUUGACUGUGGAGGGGUUUUUAUGCAGGGAGGGUGUAAAGUGAGGUGCAGUAUGGAUUUACCAGAACAAUACCUGGAAUAGAAAGUCAAUGGAUGAUUUGCCUGAAAAUUUUAAGAUAUUAAAGAGGAAUGAGAUUCUAUCUAUCUCAGAGAUAAUGGGAACUGCAGAUGCUGGAGAAUCUCACUUGCUUUUGUUGGUUAGGGAGUUUAGGACCAGAAGGACUGGUCAAAAAUCUCAGCCAAACCUUUCACUGUGAAAUUAGGAAACACUUCCGUACGUGGCAGAAAAUGGCAAUUUAAAUUAGAUAAAUUCUUCAUUUAAAAUAUGAGGUUGAAUGACAUAUGGUUACCAAACAUAUUUUGGAAUGUGGGGCAAAGUUGAGUAUAUUGAAUGGUAUCAUAGAUUUACCUUGAAUAAUCUCAUGGAGUGGCGGAACAGGGUUGAAAGACUGAUGAUGAUGAUAAUAAUAAUAAUAAUAAUAAUAAUAAUAAUAAUAAUAAUACUUUGAUAAUAGGAGAUCAUGCCCAUCAAUGGACAGAAUUGUAACAUUUUCCUAAACUUAGAAACCUGAUCUCCCAAUAAAGUCUCACUCAAUUUUAAUACUUAAUAGGAGUGGUAGCUGCUCAUUAAAUGGCAAGACUGGGUGUAGCUACCUUCUCCUGUUUCUUUCAGAUAUUCCCUGUAUAAUUACUACUAUUAUAAAAGUUAUAGUCACAGGUAUAGGAAGUUUUCCUGGCACUGCUACUGAAGUUGACAUUACUCUGCUUGUACACAAAUAAUCCUAAUACUUAUGAGCUGCAGGUGGUAUUUAUGAUGCUAAUUUUAUUCAGUUCUGCUCUGUCAUAUUUUGCACAGAGGAUUUCUGAAUGAAAAUAACUUGUUUUAUGCUAUGCAGAUGAAAUUAUCCAAUAAGAGUAACUGAAAAUUCUUAAGUGUUAUGUAUCAUGGAGGGUUCUUUUGUCUUGUCACUCUCAUCACUACCACAGAUUGGGAGGCUGUCUUCCUCGUUUACUGCUAAUCUACCAGAAAUACAAGAACUCUAGAUAAAAUUCACUGGGCUGAAAAGUGCUGAAGGAAAUCAGACAGAUCCUGAAUGACCAAUGAUGUAAUAGAGACUUUUACUAUUAAUUAAACCUGCAGCUUUCUGGCAAAUGUGAAGCCAUACGUGGAAAACUUUAAAAAUGACCUGCUGACAUCUGUGAACUUCCACCAGAUUUUGGAUUCAAUAUCUUAAUAGUAUUCUCAUCUAUCAAUAAAUGCUAAAAAUAUCAAUUUAAAGUUUUUAUGAAACACAAGGAGCUCUUUGUUUUAAAAUGUA